AUGAAUGCACGAACGAAGGCAAUUGAACGAAGAGUCAAGUUCCUUCCAGAGAAUGAUACCGUGUGGAAGAUCAGCAAUCUAGAGGAGUACACCGAAGAAGAGAUCCUAAACAGUUGGUACACUCAGCCCGAGUUCAAGAAGAUCACUAGGAGGAGCUACAACCACGCUCUCAGAUGGGAGUCUGGCGAAACAUCAAUGCCUGACUCUUUCCAUCGAGGACUGGAAGUCUUCACAAUGGAAGGCGAGGAGAUCAUUACCGCUUCUAUCGAACAGUGCAUUGACGCUGUUAUGGAUGAGCAAGAAGCCCAAUGGGACAAAGACAUUGAUGACUUUGAUCGUUUGGCAGCUGUCUCUAAAGAAGUAUCAAGAUUCAGCACCGCCUAUGCUUUGGAGCUAGCCCGGGCAGAUGAAGAUGAAGCACAAAGAAUGUACACGCGUAUGGAACAGAAGAUUAAGUCAAAAGGCUCGAAACUCGAUUCAAGCGAUCACACGUCUAUCUGCUCUGAUCUAAGUCAUCCCGAGGCAGACUCAGUCCAUUCAAGAGGAUCCUUAUCUGAAAGUAUAGAAAACAGGAGGGGAACGAAGACUAGAUCCAAACGCCUCACCAAGGCUCUCAAGUUGUCCAAGAACAAGUUCCCUUGUCGCACUAGUCGCACAGCAUGCUAA